AUGUCAGACAUUGACGACGUUGAAGACUCUGGGUCGCGGACCAGUCAGUCCAAAGAGAGGAGAAAGAUUGAGAUAAAGUUCAUCGAAAACAAGACCAGGCGUCAUGUAACGUUUUCGAAGAGAAAGCAAGGUAUCAUGAAAAAGGCAUUUGAGCUUUCUGUUCUGACGGGAACGCAGGUACUUCUGUUGGUUGUGUCUGAAACGGGGCUCGUUUAUACUUUCAGCACUCCAAAAUUUGAACCCAUCGUUACACAACAAGAGGGUCGAAAUCUGAUUCAAGCGUGUUUGAAUGCGCCAGACGAAGACGAGGAAGAGGAGGAAGACGAUGAAAACAGAGAACAUGCCGGUGAGGAGGAUGAGGCGAGUAUAAGCUCGGCAGUCAACGUCAACAAUCCACAGGGCCUGCAACAUCAACAGCAGCAGCAGCAGCAGCAGCAACAACAGCAACAGCAACAGCAACAGCAGCACCCACAGCAGCAGCACCCACAGCAGCAUCCACAGCAACAGCAACUUCCCCAGCAGCAACAGGUUAUGAAUAACUCGUUGAAACCAGAGGGAAUGAAGUCACAUACAAUGCAUCCGGGGAUGAAUCCAAAUCACGGCGUCGGUGUACCUGCCGGUCCUCAGUCAGGGCCUGUUAUGGGAAUGCCACACCAAAUAUCACAUCAGCAAAUGCCUCCCCACCCACAGGGAUUCCCUAAUGCAACUUCACCCUACUUGAAUCCCGAGCAAAAUGCCGUGUAUCAACAAUACUUCCAAGAAUCUCAACAAGGGCAAUAUUAG